AUGGUGAAGAUCGAGCCCUUUGCCGUCGAACAAUGGAUGGAAAAGUACGAGACGAGCACCACAUACAACAUCGCAGAGACGUGCUGCGCUUCGAUCUCCAUUGACGACCUGACGAACUUGUCGUCGGAAAAAUCAUCCAUCGACCCCCUCUCGCUCUCUACGAGGAAACUCACCUAUGGCGCCAUCAGGGGUUCGGAUGAGUUUCGGGGCCAUCUGUCCCACCUGUACUCCGUCAAGACGCCCACGCCGCUGCCAAAGGAGAAUAUCCUGAUCACGGCGGGAGCGAUCCAGGCCAAUUUUCUGCUCUAUUACACUCUUGUUGGUCCGGGAGACCAUGUCAUCUGCCACUAUCCCACCUACCAACAACUGUAUUCCGUUCCCGAGUCGCUGGGAGCGGAAGUGACCUUGUGGAAGGCGAAGCAGGACGAUGGGUGGGCAUUGGAUGUCAAGGAGCUGGAGAGCCUCAUCCGGCCGAACACCAAGCUCAUUAUUCUCAACAACCCUCAGAAUCCCACCGGUGCCAUCAUUCCCCGCUCCACUCUCGAAGAGAUUGUCGACAUCGCUCGUCGCCAGUCCAUCAUCAUUCAUGCAGAUGAGGUCUAUCGACCCGUCUUUCACUCCAUCUCGCCGGGGGAUCCGGAGUUCCCGCCUUCUGUGCUCUCCCUUGGAUACGAGCAUACGGUCGCGACCAGCUCGAUGUCAAAAGCCUACAGUCUCGCAGGGAUCCGGGUAGGCUGGAUCGCAUCCCGCAGCAAGGCCAUCAUUGACAGCUGCAUGGCCGGCAGAGACUACACCACCAUCUCCGUUGGACAGCUGGAUGACGCCAUCGCGAGCUUCGCGCUUGCGCCACACUGUAUACACAAUCUGCUGCGUCGGAAUAUCGACCUGGCCAAGACCAACCUCGGGCUGCUGGAGAAGUUUAUAGAAUCGCACCGGUGGGCCUGCGAUUGGGUCAAGCCCCGAGCGGGCACCACCGCAUUCGUGCGCUUCUCCAAGAUGGGUCGGCCCGUAGACGAUGUCGCCUUCUGUAAGUUCCUGAACGAAAAGGCCGGAGUGCUGUUUGUGCCCGGCAGUCUGUGUUUCGGCCGGGAUGGGGAUUUCAAGGGCUAUGUCCGGAUCGGAUAUGUGUGUGAAACAGAGGUGCUGGAGAAGGGCCUGGAGCAGUUGCGAGAGUUCAUGAAGAAGGGCUUUGAGGAAGUCCCUUUAGCGGAGUAG